UCAGUGUAAUCAAUUCAAAGAUUGUAGGGUUUACACAGAGAAAGAAAAAAAGCCAUAGCAAUGGAUAAAUCACUGAUAAAUCUUGAUAAAGGAACAAUAUGCUCAUCAUGGAAUCAUAUUGGUCAAAGACUAGCAACUGGUUCACUUGAUGGAACCAUAACAAUCUAUGAUUCACCUGAACCCGAUUCUUCUUCCACAUUCACUUCUUCUUCAAAAUUCAAAGCAUCUGAAGUCGAUAUAGUCAAAGUUGUCUGGACUCCACCUGAAUAUGGUGAUGCAAUUGCUUGUGUUUCUGGAGAUGGUUCUGUUUCUCUCUGGGAAGAAGUUUCAGAAGAAGAUGGACAAAUUAUUAAGUGGAAGCUAUGCAAAUUGUUUGAGAGGAGUCAUGAGAUUCAGGUUCUUGAUAUUCAGUUUGGGAUGUCUCCGAGAAGUUUGAAAUUGGUUAUGGGGUAUUCGGAUGGACAGGUGAAGGUUUAUGAGCUUAAUGACCCAUUGGAAUUGCAAAAAUGGCAACUUCAGGCUGAGUUUCAGAAUGUGGUUGAUUCAGCGUCUGCAUUUGAGAAACCUUCGUGUUUAUCUGCAUCAAUCUCGUGGAAUCAGCAGAGAGGUGAAGGGAAUCCGUUGACAUUUGCUCUGGGUUUUAAUUCUGAUUUACCUCAAUUCAACUCUUCCAAGGUUUGGGAAUUUGAUGAGGCUCAUCAGCGGUGGCUACCGGUUGCAGAGUUGGCUCUGGCGGGAGACAAGGGUGAUCAAAUUUAUUCUGUUGCUUGGGCACCCAAUAUCGGCAGGCCAUAUGAGGUAGUAGCUGUUGCAACUCACAAGGGAAUCACAAUGUGGCAUCUAGGUCUGAACCCUGAGAGUGAUGGAAGGCUUUCUGUUAAGAAGGUUGCUUUGCUCUCGGGUCAUGAAGGCGAGGUAUGGCAAAUAGAGUGGGAUAUGAGUGGAAUGACACUGGCAACAACUGGAAGUGAUGGUGUUGUAAGAUUAUGGCAGUCUAACUUGAAUGGGGUGUGGCACGAACAAGCUGCUCUUGAAACUUGAUACUCCAUCUCCUUUUGGGUCCAUCACCUUAUCUGAUUCACACCCUCAAUUGCUACUCACAGUUUGACCCGGCAAAAUUGUAUUUGUAUGCUGUUGACCUGUAAAAGUACCCCUGAUUUUACCCUCCAAAGUUCAAAAACAUGUUUUGACACCAAAAAUGAUCAUAUGUAAAAUCCCAAGAGUUUAAACUUAGAGAAGUGAGAUAUGUUGAUUUUACUGGAGCGCGCCUCGAACUUUGCAGAGUUGUUGUUGUCUUUCUGGAUGCAAUUUGUAUAUGAUUUUAGCUUUAACUUCUAAGCGUUUCCUCUUAUUACAA